AUGUUCAGAAGCAAAUCGUCUACAAAUGUAGCAUGUUUGGGUAAUUACUAGGACUAGGAGAUAAAGAAGGAUGAUCUCUUUGGUCUUUGUUACCGUUUCCUUGACGGUCAAUGCGUGUAUAUUAGCUGCAAUUCAUAAUGUUCAGCCUACGCCUUACAUGGAUGAGAUCUUUCACGUUCCUCAGACUGUGCAAUACUGUCAUGGUAAUUGGAGCAGUUGGGAUCCGAUGAUUACCACACUCCCUGGCUUGUACAUCCUAUCAAAUGGGUUUCUUCGCAUCGUGUCCAUUUUCUCCGGCCUGCCUGUGACAUCUUUGUGCUCCACUGCCUGGUUGCGUGCCUUCAACUCACUGCUGUCCGGAGCAACAGCGUUUGUUUUGAUUCAGCUCGCCUCAGCUCUUCAAGUUAGCACCGAUGUGAAGCCAAAGCCUUCAUUUGUUGAUCAGCUGUCAGGGUUUGUACUGUCGUUCUUUCCCGUUCUUUACUUCUUCUCGUUCCUGUACUACACGGACGUGCUUUCGACGCUCAUGGUUCUAACAUGCUACUGGUUAUCGUGUCGCAACUUCCAUUUCCUUGCCGCCCUUGCUGGCGCUUUUAGUAUCUGUUGUCGCCAAACGAAUGUUGUCUGGGUCGGCUUUGCAGCUGCGAUCUCCGCAUUGAGAAUUCUGGAAGGGAAGUCCAAGACAUUUUCAUCUGUGUCCAAAAGUGGCAAGGCACUGCUGUACUUACUACCCGAGGCUGUUCGUCACUUACCCUCGCUCGUCUUCUCACUGUGGCCAUACAUACCCGUUCUGCUGGGAUUUGUCGCGUUUGUCUUCUACAAUGAUGGCAUAGUUGUUGGGGACAGAUCCAAUCAUCAAGUCUCAAUUCAUGCUGCCCAGUUAUGCUACUUCUUAUUACUGUCUGCUGCCUUCGCAUUUGGUCAUUUUCUUCGCCGUGACGUAAUAUACGGAACACUGGGCUCACUGUGGGAGAUGAUAAAACAGCCGUAUCUUCUCAUCUUCUUCAUCUCUGGUAUGUUCGCUAUGCUGACGAAAGGAAGUGUUGUUCAUCAAUACCUGCUCGCUGACAACAGACACUACACAUUCUAUUUGUGGAAGAAGAUACUUGGGCCAGCUGUUCAGCGGAUAUCUUUGGUGCCCCUAUGUCUGCUGUGCAUGCUAACACUGUUCAGUUCCCUUCGUCUACAUCAUGGGAAACGGCCUGCAUGGCUGUUAGUGUACCUUCUGGCAACUGCUGCAGUGUGCAUUCCCCAGAAACUGCUUGAGCUGCGCUAUUUCAUUGUCCCGUAUCUUCUCCUUCGAUUGCACAUGCCUCGUCCUCGUCUCUGGUCCCUCGUCCUGGAGCUGCUUGUGUACUGCGCUGUCAAUGCCAUCACCAUCUAUUUGUUCAUGUACAAGCCCUUCCAAUGGCCGUCGGAAACUGGACUGCAGCGUUUUAUGUGGUGAAGCGGUGCCGACUUGCACCUACAGCACACUACCGUGAUGCCAAUACUGCAACAUCACACCCUCCUGCCAUGUGCUCCUGCCAUGUGCUGCUGCUGCUGCUGCUGGACGUAUUGGUGCAGGACUUUGAAAGCACGUUUUAUUAUGAAGACGUUUGUGUGAAGUAUAUUGCCAAUGAUAUUGUUAUGAUUAUAACAAGUUAUGCUGCUAGCAAGUUCAUCAGUAGCUGGACUGCUGAUGAGCAAUCCAGUGUGCACUGUCUAUAUGUCUCCUGGUUGAGAUGUUCCGAUUGUUGACUUGACUUCCUAAUUUUAAUGAUCCUAGAAAAGCCGAGCUGUCUCGCCAACACUACAACCCCCCCCCCCCCCCCCACACACACACACACAUUAAUUUUUAUGAACACUGCUUUCAACACACCUUUCCUUCAUAUUCAACAGUUCAGUUGUUCUGAAUAAAGGUGAAUAAAGUGACGUGUCUCUCGCUGCGUAAGUGUGUAUCUGUGAAAUGAUAUUCCAGUGAAUGGCGGCCAGUCAGCGUGGGCAGUUGCAGU